GAGAACAGUUCUUCGUAUUUUUUUUUUUUUUUUUUUUUUGAUAUUCUUCUUGACGUUACAUCCGUUCAACUACUUUUUUUUUUCUGUUGCUUUGAGAUGCGGCUCAUUUUAGCUGAAUCAGGAAGUGAAAUUGAGACAAGCAACAAAUUUUUAAGAUCUCACGAUGUUAAAGAUUUAAUGGAACUCCAAAAGGAAGUUCAUAAUCGUGCAAAUAUAAAACCUGCGGAUCAAAUUUUGUUGAGCUUGAAUGGGAUACAAAUUAAACCUACUGCUCAAGAUACAAAUACACUUUGGCAACAGAUUAAUGUUGUAGAGGAACAACUAUGGGGCAAAAAAUUAGUUGCUGAUCGCCAAGAUACACUUGUUGUAUUCAACCGCCGUUAUAUAACAAUGCAACAAUUUGAAUCGACGCCUAUCGACGACUCGUUUCUACUCUUAGUAGAUGAAGGAAGUAAUAGCAAAUAUUUUGACGCAAACUUGUCUAAACAUUAUAAUGGCGAAAUACCUAGUUGGAACCUGAUGAAUGCGUGGUUCGACGGAAAGCUUACCAAGAAUUCUUUUGAGAUAAACCCAGAGAAGAUUCUUACGAAUCUCAACAAUAGAAAAAUGAAAACAUUAUCAAACAUAUCAAAGCUAACAAGCGAGACAAGGAACCACUACAUUGCAUUAUCUGCAGCGUUACACAAUUUAGAAUCACAUGUCAGGACGGCUGAAGAAACUGUAAACAAAUUUAACCGAAUAGCACAGCGUGAGUUCAGUAAGCAAGCGGCUGCAUUAACAGCUAUGGAUCUCGAUACUAGGUUAAUUCAGCAGAUCAAGAUACAUCCUUAUAUUCUUGAGAGCAUAGUUACUGUCGACGGAGUCAAGUCGUCUGCAUUGACAACCGAAGCAAAAGAGUCGAGUACUUCUGCUACGGCAACACCUUCUCAAGAAUCCUUCUUAAUAGACUAUGCAGCACCUUUGGAACAGUUAAGGGAAGCUAAGCAGGCGCUUCAAAAACGCUUUGAUGAGCUCACUCUGGCCACAACAGAGCAGACCAACAAAAUACAAUUCAUUCAUAAGCAAGCGAACCAGAUCAGAAACUGCGAAAAUUUUGUUUGUUUUACAUCAACAGAAGAAGCUGAGGAAUUUGAAGGAUAUUCACAACUUUGGGGCUCUUCUGAAAAAAAAAUCAAUGAGCGACUAAUAAAAGAACCAGCCUUUAUAGCAACCAACGAAAACCGAAAAACAGUGAAUCGAGAGCUUAUACUGUCGCUGAAAGUUGCUUACACAUGCGAGAUGGGUUCAAGAGAUCAUGAGGCGUCGACUAAGAUGAAAAAACAGAAAGCAUGGAACGCGUUUGUGCAAGGAAUGCAAAAGAUCAGUCAGAUUGAACAAUCAAUUAGCCACGUGUAUCCUAAAUUGGCAGAGUUAGAGCAAAAAGUCAAAGCACUAAGACUGGAAUUGGAAAAGGGACAAGGUGCACUGAUUAGGCGAAUCAUAACAGGCUAUGGUGUUUUGCUUAUAGAAUUAUGGAGAAGAGAACAAUAUUCACAGAUUGUUAGUGAAAAUGCCGACUUGUUGAGCGACUUAUUCCAACAAUUUGGCGAAAGAGAGCAAAGAUAUAGACAUGCAUUCAAUAACAAAGAGAUAGUCUGUUUGGAAGAUGCAACUCAAUUGUUUUUCAGCGAAAGAGCGAACGAUAAGAAGCCUGCAUUGCUUCCAUUCAAGGUUAAAGGUCUGAAUGACUUACCCAUCCUCAGCCAAACCACACUAACACAACAAAAAGAUGUUGGGCAGAUGACUUCAACAGUUUUAAAAAAGGGAACAGCAAUUUCAAGAAAGGAUAUUGAAGCUCUCAUCAAAUUUAUUUCGACAUUUUAUGCCGAGUCCAUCAAUCAGCACGAAGAGAGUGAAUUCUUGAAAGAUAUUAUAAGCCCUAUACUUCAGCAGAAAUUUGAAAGAGAAACCACGCGAUUAAACCGAGCCUUGAUGCAUUUAGGUCUUCCAGAUCCGGGACAACAUCAGCAGAAAAAAAAGCUGAAUGGCCUACAUGCGUCUACAGCCGAGCCAUCACCAAAUACUAUCAAAGUAAGAGUCAAUGACCAAUAAAAAAUUCCCUUUAAACACCUGCAUGAAUUCUCGUGUAUAUUAAAUUCUCAGAUAAAUCAUUGAUGUGCAAGCUGUGAUAUCAUACCACUAUUUACCAUCCGGAUUUACUAAAUCAAAAAAAAAAAAAUACUU